AAUAUCAGCCAGUAAUUAUUCCAACUUUCUAGCCUCAGCGAGCGCGUUCAGUACUGUGAUAUCCGCCGGUGAUCGUGCGCGCGCGAAUUUUCUUAGAUAUCAACUGGUUAGCGAACGAUCGACCCGACCUGUCCUCGAGAAGCAAGACCGGGGGCACGUAUACUAGCUGCUACUCAUCAACGAUUCAAAUUUUCGCUCCUUGGACCGGCCGAGGUUUCGAACUAAUUGGGUGUGUGCGAUUUGGACGAAGAUGACGAUAACCGUGUCGCUGGAUGAGCGACAGCAAAAUGGCACCUCCAAUGGACAUCAUCAUCAUCAGCCUCCAACGGGUGGCACCGUCAAUAAUGGCUUUGUUCUGGAAGACCUGAACGGUAAAAAACCAAACGGAACCUCGGACCCGGAACAGCCGGACCAUUUUGGGCCGCACCAUGGCCACGAUCACCACUAUCACCUGCACCAUCAUCACAUCCGGGAGAAACCGGGCCACGACUACACCGACGAUGUUAUCACAACUCACGGGGUGCAACCUCACCACAAAACCACCUACCUGGAAACGAUGACCCACAUGCUGAAGGGAAACAUCGGAACCGGAUGCUACGCCAUGGGGGAUGCGUUCAAAAAUGGUGGCCUCGUGUUGGCAACGGUCCUGACGCUCUUCCUUGGGUUUGUUUGCGUUCACUGUCAGCACAUUCUGCUGAACUGUGCCGGCAAGGUUCACAGCGAGCAGCAAACGCAGCAGCAGGGCAAGGGACGGCCGCCAGAUUUCGCCGAAACCGUGGGCCUUUGCUUCAAGCGGGGACCUCCGAAGUUCCAGCGCUGGGCCAAGCCCAUGAAGAUGGCCGUCAACAUCUUCAUCUGCGUCACCCAGCUCGGGUUUUGCUGCAUUUACUUCGUGUUCAUAAGCUCGAAUUUUAAACAGAUUUUCGACCGGUACGGCCUGGAGAUGGGCGUCCAGUACCACAUGGCCUGUCUGCUGCCGCCGAUCAUUCUCACUUCGAUCAUCACCAAGCUGAAGUUCCUAUCGUACUGCUCGAUGCUGGCCAACGUAUUUAUGUCCCUCGGCAUCGGCAUCACGUUCUACUACGCCUCACAGGAGCUUCCGUCCCCAACCGAGCGGAACUACGUGGCCCAGUGGGACCAGCUUCCGCUGUUCUUCGGCACCGCCAUUUUUGCCUUCGAGGGGAUCGCACUGGUCCUGCCGCUGCAGAACGAAAUGAAAAAUCCACACGACUUCCGGAAACGAUUUGGGGUACUGAACAUCGGCAUGGUGUUCAUCGUGACACUUUUCACGGCUUUUGGAUUCGUCGGCUAUCUCAAGUGGGGCGAAGCCGUUGAAGGAAGCAUGACGCUGAAUCUACCGGAUAACGAAAUUCUGGCAGAAAGUGUCAAAGUGAUGAUCGCCCUGGGAGUUUUGCUCGGAUAUGCGUUGCAGUUCUUCGUUGCCAUAGUAAUCAUGUGGCCACCAAUGAAGUGCCGUUUGAACAUAACCAAGCACGAGACUCUAGCCGAGAUGGGCUUUCGAGUUGUGAUGGUUUUGGUAACAUUUACCGUUGCCGAAUGCGUUCCUAAGCUAAGUUUGUUCAUCUCGCUGAUCGGUGCGCUGUGUUCGACUGCGUUAGCUCUAGUUUUUCCGCCGAUCAUCGAACUGAUUGUAGCUUACAGCAAUCCGCAAGAAAAACCGAACACUUUCAUGAUAUUGAAAAACGUCUUCAUUCUGAUGUUGGCCAUGCUGGGAUUUUUCACCGGCAGCUACGAGAGCUUAUCGAAAAUCUUCCAGGAGCUUUUAUGAGUCAGAGAAUGUCAAUCGGUUGGCAAAUAUUCUCAACGAGAAACGGGUACCACUCUUAUUGUAGGUUUUAAAAGGACGUUGUUAUUGUAAGCUUUUAUUUAUGUUGUUACACUUUACUGUUACGAAAUAAACACGAAUCAUCGGAACGAACGG